UAGAGAGGUGGCACUGGUAAAGGCUCUGUUGUGAUGCGACUAUUGAUUUGCCUCAUUCUGAGGAUUCCAGGGGCAAAGUAGCCCUCCCUCUUGCCUGGCGCCCGCCCUUUCUCCCUCCCUGGAGCAGCAGGAUCUGAACGCUGCUGCUGGGCCCUCCUCCUCCUCCACCUCCUCUUUCUCCUCCUCCCAUUCCUCCGGUUUCUGGAUUCCUGAAGUUAUUAGGAGAAAUAAGGUAGCCGAGGAGACCACAUGGAAGUUGUGACAGCUCCCGGCGGCGCGCCCCUUUCGCGUGUGCCAGCACUUCUGCUUAGGAGUCACCGCUGACACCCUGAAUGCAGGAGGUCCCCUUGCCAGCCAGCCUACCGGGAUGGGCCACUGCUGCUGCAAGCCUUAUAACUGCCUUCAGUGCCUGGACAAGACGAAUGAAAGUGCCCUUGUGAAAGAGAAAGAGCUGUCAAUCGAACUUGCAAACAUCAGGGAUGAAGUUGCCUUCAACACAGCCAAGUGUGAGAAGCUGCAGAAAGAGAAGGAAGAUCUGGAGCGGCGGUUUGAGGAGGAGCUGAGGAGGAUGGGCUGGCAGCAGCAGGCUGAACUCCAGGAGCUACAAGAGCGAUUACAGCUGCAGUUUGAGGCAGAGAUGGCGCAACUGCAGGAGGAGCACCAUAGUCAGCUGCUGCAGGUCCGGUGCCAGCACCAGGAACAGGUUGAAGAUAUCACCGCCAGUCAUGAGGCUGCACUCCUGGAGAUGGAGAACAACCAUACAGUUGCCAUUGCGAUCCUGCAGGAUGACCAUGACCAUAAAGUGCAAGAACUGGUAUCUACCCAUGAACUUGAAAAGAAAGAAUUGGAGGAAAGUUUUGAAAAACUGCGACUGUCAUUACAGGACCAGGUGGACACACUGACCUUCCAGAGCCAGUCUCUGAGGGACCGAGCGCGGCGCUUUGAGGAGGCUUUGAGGAAAAACACCGAAGAGCAGCUUGAGGUAGCACUGGCUCCUUAUCAGCACUUGGAAGAAGACAUGAAAAGUUUGAAGCAGGUGUUAGAGAUGAAGAAUCAGCAAAUACACCAGCAGGAAAAGAAGAUUAUGGAGCUGGAAAAGCUGGCUGAAAAGAAUGUGAUCCUGGAAGAAAAGAUCCAAGUCCUCCAGCAGCAAAAUGAAGACCUCAAAGCAAGGAUUGACCAAAACACAGUUGUCACACGACAACUGUCAGAAGAAAAUGCUAAUCUCCAGGAAUACGUGGAAAAAGAAACCCAGGAGAAGAAGAGAUUGAGCAGAACCAACGAAGAGCUGCUUUGGAAGCUUCAAACAGGAGACCCAACGAGCCCGAUUAAACUCUCCCCCACUUCUCCGGUUUACCGAGGCUCCUCCUCAGGGCCCUCCUCUCCAGCCAGAGUCAGCGCCACACCCAGAUGACGUCAUCACGCAGCCUGCGGGAGCUCGGGCUUCCGUCCACCCUGGGGAAUGCUGACCAGGUGCCGGCAGGUGCCGGCCAGCUGCCCUGCGCGCAUGCUCAGUAGCUGCAAACUGCAUCCCAGGCAGUAUCCUCUUCUCAACCCUGUGUAGACGGACCCAGAACUGGCACUUAGGAAGAUGUAAACAAUAGUCUGAUGUGCAAAAAUGUUUUACCAUAGUUAGAGCCAAAAGAAAGAUAACUCCAAUUGUUCUUGAAUGAUGAACUUUCACUGCAGAAUUUCAGGUUAGUUACAAAUAGCUCAGUUUUGAAUAUACAUUGAAUAAUCAUUGUGUACUGCACCGAGAUGUGUAUAUAUUUAGGUACACGUAUAUACACAUGCGGCGGUUCUGAAUUGCAUUUUUUAUAAUGUGAUGUGCUGACAUAUUUUAGUGAAGAUCAGCAGUUUUCUAACUUGUGCCUAAGGAUUAUUGGGAAAUGAAAAUGCAUUUCUAUCUAGCUUCCCAGGAAUAUUUCUACCCAAAAUAGAAAAAGGAAAAAAAAUCCAGAUACAGAGAAGAAGCGCCUUUCAAUGUGCCACCAAGUGGCACUCUGUUUAACACAAACACCAGCGAUUUGUGAACGGUAACUGCCUUUGGAACAAUCAGCUUCUUAGUCGACAUGACGUGAGGUCACUAUCAUUCCAUUCACAAGUUUUAAUUAGGAAUCCUCCUGUCCUGAGUGGAUAAAGGCUAGAAGUGAGAAACCCGAAGGAAUUCCGUAGUUUUUCUGACAUUACUCAUGAUAGCAACUCAUUUGUAGCCAUGUAAACACAGUUAUGCUUUUUUCCUAAAUGGCAUCUUGGAACCAGUCACUGAGGUAUUAUUGCACUCUUGGGGAAAACAUAGACAAGCAUGACCUUUCAGAGUGACAUGACUAGAACCAUCAGGUCCCCCCACCAAGAAGGACACUGCUGAUAGGGUACCUGUCUGACCAGGUAGAGUUAGAAAGCAUUCUCCAUUCCAUUUGGUGUACUCUGAUACAAUGCUGUACAUGGUCAACUUGUUGAAAUGUGACCCUCAGGCCCUAUUUCCUAGGUGACUCCCCCUUCAAUUCAGUUCUACAGGUCAACCCCACCACUGUAUAUUGACAUGGCUCGGGGGUUUUGGCAGGGACUUCUGGAAAUCCAACCUUCCUGUCCUGGAGGACCAGUUCUGAAAGGUGCUAGAUCACCACUUGACCUCUCAGAAACUCAACUGUACUUUCUGCAGGAUGAUCAGGGAGCACUGCAUUUAUCAGUGGUCCCAUUGUAGCCCCAGAAGGUUCUCCCAAACAGGAGCCAAUGGAACCCCAGCCAGCUGCCACGGGCGACUGGACUGGCCUUUGUCUCUGAAAUCAUAGAAUUAGGAUGUGAAAGGUAUUUCCGUAGUGCUGUGGAAGACUAGGAGCAUGAUGCACAGAAGAGUAGUUUUAACAGUUAAUAGGGUGACGAUAAUGAUGUCUUUGUUUCCUGCAUAUGACAAAGACCCCUGCACUUCUCUCCCUAAGAUCUCUGAAUAUCGUCAGAGCACAGGCCUGUCUUUAAGCAUGUCCAAGGCGAAAGAACUGUGGAGCCUGGAAGCAAAAGCCCGUGAAGGGGUGAAGAGGUUGGCUUGCCUAAAGUCACAAGUGUGGUAACAUGGAAGCAACUAUGGUCUGUGUACCUCAGGUGACUCCAGGUUGGUCUUCUUGGCCUCUGAUCCACCUCAUUUCUAGCAAACCUCCAAGGGGCUUGCCCAUUCUGGGGACAUACACAGUAGAUACACAUUGAAGAAACAGUUCUUUUCCUUUAGUGGCUCUGCAUGAUACUGUGAUAAUGAGUUGGGCAUUCUGUUAGUGUAGAUCAGGCCCCAUCAAUAAAUACAUGAUAAUUUAUUCUUCUAGCAGGUAUAGCCUGCAAACACAAGUUUGGUUGUAGCUUAG